UCCAGGAUUUUAGAAGAGGCAAAUUUUUCUUAUAUAUUCAUUCCAAAUCUUCCUCUCCUCUGCUCUACCUGAAACCAAUUUUAGUUCUUGGCACCAUGAAUGAUUGGUCUUCUGCACAUUAUUGCAGUGGAGGUGAAUCAGGCUGGACUAUGUACUUGGACCAAUCCUAUGAUUCCGAGCAUCGUUUCGGUGGCGGCGGUGUCGGGGAGAAUUAUAGGGAAAAAGAGGCAAAAGUAAGAACAGAGGAGGAGGAUGAAGAAGAAGAUCUAUCAAUGGUGUCCGAUGCCUCCUCAGGUCCACCACAUUACCUUGAAGAUAACGAGGGAUACGUUUACAAUAAUGGGUACUCUUCUUAUGCCUAUUCAGCUGCAGAAUCAGCAGCAAACUGUAAAGAGGAGAAGAAGAAGAAGGGGAAAAAACAUGGGAGAAAUCAGCAACAUUCUUACCUUGAUGACACUGCAAGCUCCCCUGUAUAUGGCUAUGGAAAAGCAAGUAAAAUCAAUGCUGCACCAAGUAAUGAAGCUUCGGAGGAGAAUGCAGUGGAUUUUUCUCAGGGAUUCUCUGCGACCCACUUUAAGAGAAAAUCUUCACUGAGGAAGCACAUGGGUUUUUGUCGCUCUGAAAAAUCAGCACCAGAAGAAUGAGGCUAUUAGCGAUUCUCCCGCGGCUUCAAAAUUUUCUUUUUCUUUUUCUUUUUUGGGGUGUCAAAGCAAAUGAUAACGACGUGUUACACAUAUCAGAAUCAGAUUAUUAGAGGAAUAUUGUUCCUUUUGCUAUUGCUCUUA